AUGGGCCGUUCGUUGUCAAAUAGUGUCAUCAACCUUGGAAUUCGUGAUCAAUUUGAAGAUGCUUUAAGCCAGUUUGGUUUUGAGUUUGAAGUUUUAGCUGAACAGGUUAACUUGACAUUUGAUUUUUUGGAAGGACAUGCUUGCCUGGGUAAUGGAGGCCUUGCUCGUCUUUCAGCAUGCCAAAUGGAUUCCCUAGCAACUUUGGACUAUCCUGCUAUAGGCUGUGGAUUACGCUACCAGUAUGGGUUGUUCCGUCAAGUCAUAUUGGAUGGCUUUCAACAUGAACAACCUGAUUACUGGUUGAAUUUUGGAAACCCUUGGGAGAUAGAGCGGGUUCAUAUAACUUAUUGCGUAAAGUUCUAUGGGACUGUCACAGACGAAGUUUUGAAUAAGGAUAAAAUUAAAGUUUGGAUUCCUGGAGAAAUGGUUGAAGCUGUGGAAUAUGACAAUCCAAUACCUGGUUAUGGAACAAGGAAUACCAUUGUUCUUCGUCUUUGGGCUGCCAAACCAAGUGAUCAACAUAAUAUGAUUUCACUAUUUCCAUAUCGGAGAAUUAGUUUUUGGAGAGACCUCUUGCUUAUGUCAGAGUCUUAUAAUACUGGGGAUUAUGUUGAUGCUGUGGUCAAUAGACAGAGAGCAGAAGUAUUAGUAGCAUACUAUACCCCGAUGAUCGUUCUUAUCAGAGCUACAUUCAUACUGUUCUGUGGUGGCUUCUUUCAGGGUAAAGAAUUGCGGUUGAAACAGCAAUAUUUCUUUGUCUCUGCAUCAGUACAAGACAUCAUCAGAAGAUUCAAAGAUGCUCAUAGAAAUUUUGAUCAGCUUCCAGAGAAGGUUGCACUGCAGCUGAAUGACACUCAUCCAUCUCUCGCAAUAGCUGAGGUAAUGAGAGUGCUUUUGGAUGAAGAGCAUUUAGGCUGGAAAAGAGCAUGGGACAUCAUAUGCAAAAUAUUUUCAUUCACAACUCAUUCCAUAUCACCUGAAGCACUGGAGAAAAUUCCUGUGGACCUACUGGGCAGUCUUCUCCCUCGACAUUUGCAGAUUAUAUAUGACAUAAACUUCCAAUUUGUGGAAGAGUUAAAGAAGAUGAUUGGUUUAGAUUAUGAUCGGCUGGCCAGGAUGUCAAUUGUUGAGGAAGGUGCUGUGAAGAAUAUUCGGAUGGCAAACCUAUCAAUUAUUUGUUCUCAUACUGUGAAUGGUGUCUCCAGAUUUCAUUCCGAGUUGUUGAGAACAAAAUUAUUCAAGGAUUUCUAUGAGCUGUGGCCGUACAAGUUUCACUACAAGACAAAUGGAGUGACCCAGCGUCGCUGGAUAGUUGUCAGCAAUCCUAGUUUAUGUGUUCUUAUAUCAAAAUGGCUUGGAACAGAAGCUUGGAUCCGUGAUAUUGACCUUUUAAUAGGCUUGAGAGACCGUGCAACUGAUGCUGAACUGCAUCAAGAAUGGAAGAUGGUUAAGAAGGUCAACAAAAUAAGGGUUACCGAGUACAUUGAAGCAAUGAGUGUUUUGAAGGUUGUGAAGAAAGCUAUAGUCUGCCCCUAA